UUUACUAUUAGAAUUCGAGACAACAUUUAAAUAAUAUGUCGCAUAUAAAACGUCGUGAGAAGCCCAUUAAGGAGUCCCGAUGGGAUCGCAUCCGCAAACGUCACCAGCAGACAAAUGCUUUGGGCCUGAAGACGGAUGCAGUGCGUCGCCUUAUCGAGGCGGAUUAUGUGGGAAGGCGACAGGAGCGCCUUCUGAUCGAGGGAGAAGAUCCCAAGCAGCUUAAUCCUAGUGUUAUUAUGGACAUGCGGCAUAAGAUGUUUCAGAAGAUACCUCACAAACUGCCACUGGCCACCCUGGCCCAUGACCACGCCCACUCUUUGGAGGUUACCAAGGCACACAAUCUGGAGGUGGAGCAGCGUUUCAUCGACAACCAGCUGCAGAAGUUCCGCCAGCAGUUGUCCAGGCAAUUUCAGCGGAGCAAGUCCCACCGAGUGCCGCCGACCAAACCGGAUUUCAAACUGAAUAAUGGACCCCUGGUGAAGAGUCUGGCCCAGGCUGCCCAGCACAUUGAUAACUUCUACAACACUCCUGUCCAGGCCCUAGGUCAGAUGGCGCAGAUGUGCUCCGAAACCAAGUCAGCGGCCACCAAGAGCCUUAUCCAGCAACUAAGACCAGAACCGGAAAAGGAGGCGGACAUGGAUUGCGAGUGGGCGGAGCACAAAGCCCAGGUGAUGGAGCUCCCCACUUUCCUGGAGGAGCAAGUGAUAUCCUUUGAUGCUCUGGAGUAUCGGAACUUCACGAAGCAAGUCCAAGCGGAUGAGAGCAAGGCGAAACUCCUGCGGUGCCGCACCCCGAGUCCUUUGACCUCCACGGAGGAGUUCUUUAGGCCUAUGCGGGCGGCAGCCGAGCGCCAGAUGCUUCAUGUCCGCACUAUAAGACACGAGGAGGAGCUGCAGCAGGAGAAUAAGCAGGAGCAGCAACCAGACGGUAAUUCUUCCUUGCUGAAAAGAGAAUCGUCGACCUGUUCCAACACCAGCGAUGGCAUAGACUCCGUAAUUUCCGAUUUAGCCGAGGAAGCGCUUUAUGAACUACAACUGGAAGCUGCUGAGGAGCAAAACGAACAGCUCGAUAAGGAGCUGCCUGUUCCGCCAAAGCAGGUGCAGUUUCAGUUGCCUCAAAAGAAAACUCCAACACCAAGCACACAUCCAAUCGGUGAUUCAGAGGCCGAUCCUGAACCGGAACCCCUGCUCAUCCGACGAAUAGAAUUGCCCAAGGUGGUAGUAAAUCCCAAGGAACCUGAGCCCUCGGAAUCGUCCAGCGGCAGUGAAGAUGACUCGGGUGUGGCACCCACUCACGAGAAGCAGAAGAUCAUAGACCAACUGUUCCAAGCCAGGGCCAACACUCAAAUGGUGGUUAUGCGCAAGUACUUCCUUAAGUGGAUACAUUUUACAACGAUGGAGAAGAUCGAGCGGGAGCAGGGACAAUCCUACCAGGCGCGGGACAAUCGGGUUCAAAAGAUCAAUGCGUUUCUGGACAAGGUUCGGCAGGAAAAGAGGCGACAGCGCACAGAAACUGUGGCCGAGACCAGUAAGAUAACCCAGAAGUCUCUGGAGCAACGGGAGGAAGCCGUCAAGAUGGCCAAACAGUUUAAGAAUAAACUUAAAGUACAGCAGGACAUUAUUGACUUACAGCGGAUCAAGCUGGAGCGCCAGGAGCGUCUAAUCAUGCAGCUUAAACUGACUAAACUCAGCGACGAAGCCAAAGAAGCACGGGAGGAUCUCAAACAGGAGCUGAAAACGGUUAUCCGCUGCGGGGAUCCCAAAGCCAAAGCUAAGGCCAAGUGCCUGCAGCUAAUAGGCAGUCUUCGUGAUGCGGAUGACGAGGAGAUGGCCCGGCUGCAGGGUAAAGCACUGCUCCAGCCACGAUUCUUGCAGCACAUGCAGGAACGGGCAACAGAAAGAAGUGUCCGUCAUGAGCAGGCUCGUCAGCGGCGGGCCCAGGCGGAUGCCGAAAGGGAGGCGGCCAAGGUAGCGAUGGAGGAGGCCAAGCGACAGGAGGACGAAGAGGCCAAGCGCCUGAGAAUAGAGGUCCUCAAAGAAAAGCGACGCCAGGAGAAAAUGGCCAAGAUCCUAAAAGAGCGGGAACGCCAGCGCUUCAUGGAUAACCAGCGGAAGGCAGUGGAGUUCAGUCGCCGGCUACUGCUAAGCCGGAUUGGCAUGGAGGGCUUCAAACGGCUUCUGCAGCGCAAGCGCGAGAAUCUGGUCAAGAGCGAGGAGUUCCGAAGUCAGCUAUUAAAAAAGAACGCCUUCCACUCGUGGCACAACUACACGGCCUAUAAGCAGCGCGAGAAGAUGAUCCGAGCGGAGAGGUGUUGGCAUAGCAUCCUCAAGAGACGCGCUCUGUUCGCCUGGAUGAUUUAUGUGCAGAAUGAGAAAAGCAAGAUGCUGGUGGCCAUCGAUUGGCAUGCACUCCAUGCCAUGGAGUACUGGUUCGGACGGUGGCAUAAAUACUCUACGCGCUGUCGGAUGAUUGAGGACACCAAGACGAGGCAGGCAAUCUCUCAUCACGAGUGGCACCUCAAGUGGAAGGUUCUGGACUGUUGGCGGCGCCUGCCGCAGAUCCUCAAAAUCGAAAAAGAGACAGAGGAGCGACGCCAGCGAUGGCGCAUGAAGAUCUGGGAGCUGUUGCCUGAUUACAAACCGAGAGAGGAUAGCUUAUGGUAGCGCACUUAAAAGUUCACUU